UCGUCAAGGAAGUGCUCCGGUUAAUUCCUUCCGACUUGACCGCGGUGUGUCAGUCACCAUGGUGGCAUACAACAGUGCUGAACGGCGGCGGACCUAUCCUCACUUUUAGAUCCAUUUUCUCAAAGAGGAAAAGGACACUAGAAUGGGGUUUCUCAGCGAGCGCACCGGGCUCUGCCUCUCACAAUGGACGCCAGGCUGUCGCUGACGGGAUAACAGUUCGCGUUCAGGUCACUUUUUAUUGUUCGCUCGCUGGGUCCUGCGUGGAAUUUCUUUCCGUCGCUAGCAGAAUGCCGAAGAGACAAGGAACGGCUUUGAUGAACACUGGCUCGCAUAAAGGGACAGGCUUUUUCGCAUUAAGAAAAUAACUCAGAGAGACAGUUUGAGCAUUUAUUUGAAGAAAAGGUGGAAGUUUUCUCCUGGUGCGUGCUGCUCUGCUGGGCACCGGCGGUUGGCGGCCCCGUUCCUGAGGCUCGGGCAGUGGAAAGACGGACACCCCCGAGGAGACUACUCGCCUGUCUGGCUCCAGUCGUGGCCUGGCUUCGGGCACUCCCAGCUUAUCCGCUAGCGUCGGAGCACAGGCGACAGGAAUAAAGCAAGACAAUAGAGGGAGGCUUCGUUUGUAUAUAUCCGCACCCUUGGAUAUUUAUACGCAUUUUUCGCAAAGGAUAAGGAAUCCAAUUUCCUCCAGACGGCGUCUUCCAAAACAAUGGCGUCUUAUGUGGAUAACAGCUUUCGGCAGGCUGUGAUGAUGAAUCCGGCUGAAAGGACGCAACAGGACCUGGAGAUCGUCUACUCUUAUCUACACGGGAUGGAGGCUCUGUCCAACCUGCGCGAGCACCAGCUGAGGAUAAUGUGUGAGACGGUGCGCUAUGAGAGACACGAAGCCAACGAAGUGCUAUACUACCCUGACGACAUUGGAAGCUGCUGGUACAUCCUGCUGUCUGGCUCAGUUUUCAUCAAGGAGUCCAUGUUCCUUCCCAGAAGCAGUUUUGGGAAGCGAUCUGCAGGAAGCCUGCGACGCGGAUGUGAGUGCAUCGUGCUGGAACCUUCAGAGAUGAUUGUGGUGGACUAUAUGGAUGAAAAUGAGGAGUACUUCCAGCGGCAAGCCUCGCACAGACAGUCCCGCCGGCGCUUUCGGAAGAUCAACCAGAAAGGGGAGCGGCAGACGAUCAUCGACACCGUGGAUCCGUACCCCACCGGGAAGCCGCCCAUAGCCCGGGUGUACCACACGGAAUGCAAUAAACCUCAGCUCCCCGCAGACUUCAGCAGACUUCACCUGGCCGACGGCUUACACCCACAGGUGACCCACGUCUCCUCCAGCCACUCAGGAUGUAGUAUCACCAGCGACUCUGGAAGCAGCAGCCUGUCAGACAUUUACCAGGCCACAGAGAACGAACCAGGUGACAUGGACCUGAGUGGCCUGCCAGAGACCGCCGUCGACUCCGAGGAGGACGACGAUGAGGAAGACAUCGAGCGAGCGUCUGACCCCCUCAUGAGCCGGGACAUUGUGCGGGACUGCCUGGAGAAGGACCCCAUGGACAGGACUGACGAUGACAUAGAACAAUUACUGGAGUUCAUGCAUCAACUGCCGGCAUUUGCCAACAUGACCAUGUCGGUGAGGAGGGAACUGUGCGCCGUCAUGGUUUUCGCUGUGGUGGAGCGUGCCGGCACUAUCGUGCUCAACGAUGGAGAGGAGCUGGACUCAUGGUCAGUGAUCCUCAACGGUUCGGUGGAGGUGACGUACCCCGAAAGCCGGACGGAGAUCCUGUGUAUGGGGAACAGUUUUGGGGUGUCGCCAACCAUGGAGAAGGAGUAUAUGAAAGGUGUCAUGAAGACCAAGGUGGACGACUGCCAGUUUGUUUGUAUAGCCCAGCAGGACUACUGCUGCAUCCUCAACCAGGUAGAGAAGAACAUGCAGAAGGUUGAGGAGGAAGGAGAGAUCGUAAUGGUGAAGGAACACCGUGAACUGGAUCGCACCGGCACCAGGAAAGGACACAUCGUCAUCAAGGGCACAUCGGAGCGUCUCACCAUGCACCUAGUGGAGGAGCAUUCAGUGGUGGACCCCACCUACAUCGAGGACUUCCUGUUGACGUACAGGACCUUCCUCUCCAGCCCCAUGGUCGUGGGCAAGAAGCUCCUGGAGUGGUUCCACGACCCCAGUCUCAGGGACAAGGUUACACGGGUAGUCUUGCUGUGGGUAAACAAUCACUUCAACGACUUUGAGGGCGACCCUGCCAUGACUCACUUUUUGGAAGAAUUUGAAAACAAUCUUGAGAAAGAAAAAAUGUGUGGGCACCUCAGACUGUUAAAUAUAGCAUGUGCUGCUAAAGCUAAGCCGCGGCUGGUGACGCUGACCAAGCCGUCCAGGGACUCUCCGCUGGCGUUCAGCCUGCUCGGAGGUCAGGAGAAAGGUUUCCGCAUCUUUAUCGAUGCCGUGGAGCCAGGGAGCAAGGCAGCAGAAGCUGGCCUUAAGCGUGGAGAUCAGAUCUUGGAGGUCAAUGGGCAGAAUUUUGAAAAUGUCCAGCUCUGCAAAGCCAAUGAGAUUCUGAAGAACAAUACCCACUUGUCCAUAACUGUGAAGACAAACCUUUUAGUGUUCAAAGAGCUGCUAACGAGGCCGGAACAGGACCACGACUUGGAGGUUGAAGAGGAGCAUGACAGGAAGAACGGGGCGCCCCACCUGCCAAAGAUCGGUGACAUUAAGAAAGCCAGCCGCUACUCUAUCCCUGACUUGGCGGUGGACGUGGAGCAGGUGAUGGGCCUGGAGAAGGUCAGCAAGAAGGCCAAGAGCAACUCAGUCGGAGGACGCAACAAGCUGAAGAAGAUCUUUGACAAGACGCUCACCAGCAUCCUGCCCCCAAAACCAUACAAUGACGUUUGCGUGGGCCAAUCGCAGGACGACAGCAUUGUGGGGAUGAAGCAGUCCAAACAGAUCCCACCAGCUCUGCCGGUCAGUGGAAACCUCUCGUCGUCGAAUCCAGACCUUCUGCAGUCUCACCACCGCAUCCUCGACUUCAACAACCAGCCUGUCCCAGUCAUACCGAAUAUGUCAGACCAGGUAUUACGAGUCUUCAAGGCGGACCAGCAGUCCCGGUACAUCAUGAUCGGGAAGGACACGACGGCCAAGGAGGUGGUGAUCCAGGCCAUCAGAGAGUUUGCCCUGACUGCAGCACCAGAGGCUUAUUCACUAUGUGAGGUGUCUGUCACACCGGAGGGCGUCAUUAAACAGAGGCGGUUACCAGAUCAGCUUUCUAAACUAGCUGACAGGAUUCAGCUCAGCGGCAGAUACUACCUGAAGAGCAACAUGGAGACAGAGACGUUAUGCUCUGAUGAGGAUGCUCAGGAUCUCCUCCGAGAAGGCCAGAUCUCCUUGUUGCAGCUCAGCACUGUGGAGGUGGCCACUCAGCUCUCCAUGCGAGCCUUCGAACUCUUCUGCGCCAUCGAGCCCACCGAAUACAUCGACGACCUGUUCAAGCUGCGCUCCAAGACCGGAUCGGCCAGCCUCAAGCGCUUCGAGGAGGCCAUCAACCACGAGACCUUCUGGGUGGCCUCGGAGGUCACACGGGAGCCCAACCAGCUCAAACGCAUGAAGAUCAUCAAGCACUUCAUCAAGAUCGCCCUGCACUGCCGCGAGUGCAAGAACUUCAACUCCAUGUUCGCCAUUAUCAGCGGUCUCAACUUGGCUCCAGUCUCCAGACUCAGGGGAACAUGGGAGAAGUUACCCAGCAAGUAUGAGAAGCUGUUCGGGGACCUGCAGGACCUCUUCGACCCCUCCAGGAACAUGGCCAAGUACAGGAAUGUCCUCAACAAUCAGAACCUCCAGCCACCAAUCAUCCCCCUGUUCCCCGUCAUCAAGAAGGACCUCACCUUCCUACAUGAAGGCAACGACUCCAAAGUGGACGGCCUGGUGAACUUUGAGAAGCUGAGGAUGAUUGCCAAAGAAAUUCGCCACGUCGGUCGCAUGGCGUCGGUCAACAUGGACCCAGCCCUCAUGUUCCGAACCAGGAAGAAGAAGUGGAGGAGUUUAGGGUCUCUAAGUCAGGGUAGUGCCAAUGCGGCCGUGCUCGACGUCACCCAGACGGGUGGGCACAAGAAGCGGGUGCGACGCAGCUCCUUCCUGAACGCCAAAAAGCUUUACGAGGACGCGCAGAUGGCCAGGAAGGUCAAACAGUACCUGUCCAACCUCAGCCUGGAAACCAACGAGGAGAGUCUGCAGACGCUCUCGCUACAGUGCGAGCCCUCUAUUAGCACAUUGCCCAAGAACGCUGGUGGGAAGCGACCAGACACCUCUCCAGUUGUGUCCAGAGCUGCCAGUCAACAAAGGGGCCAGUUGGCCAAAGGAAAUCAGGCCCUCCAGGUCCCCGCUGUGGCUCUUUACCCAUCCCGAAAGAAAGUGCCAGUUAAGGAUCUGCCACCAUUUGGCACCAGUUCCCCCCAGUCCCUUAAGAAGAUCCUGUCUCUGUCGGAGGAGGGGAACGAAAGGCACCGGAGGCAGCCAGAGGACACUGUGUCCAACGCCUCCUCCCAACUCUCCUCCCCUCCCACCUCCCCCCAGAGCUCGCCCAAGAAGGGUUACAACAGGAUGGGAGACGCCUACUCAGACUCCGGUCACAGUGAGAUCUCCUCUCGCUCUAGUCUUGUUAGUAAUUCGUCUUUCGACAUGGCCCAGGAGGAGAGGAGACUCCGUCACUCCGGAGGAGUCGGGGAGUCUCACAUUGGAGGACCACGGCUGGAACGAAGAGCCACGACCGACCCCGAUCAGUACAGUCUGGGGUCAUAUUCGUCGAUGCAGGACUGUCGGGGCAUUUAUGCCGGCUGCCCCACUGUGCUCUCCUCGCCCAGUUCUGAGGAACUGACUCAGGACCAGGGCGACCGCGUCUCCCUCGAUGCUGCAGACAGCGGCCGCGGCUCCUGGACGUCCUGCUCCUCUGGAUCUCACGACAACAUCCAGACCAUGCAGCAGGGCCGUAGCUGGGAGACCCUGGCAGGCAGCAUUGGAGGGCUUCCUCCUGGGGGACCAGAGGCCUUAUUAGGGAGUCCUGCUGCACUGUGGGCAGCGCAGGCCAGGGGGAGCUGGGCGUCUGCCAGCUCCUCCUCAUCCUCAGCAGCGUACUGGGGAGAGGACUCUGAGGGAGAUACCGGCACAAUCAAGAGGAGGGGAGGAAAGGAUGUCAACGCGGACCCGGAAACAAGUAGCAUCACAUCCACCGGGUCAGAGGAAGCUAAGCAGCUCAGCCGGCCAUCUCCGUCACCCAUCACAGCCGGCGGUAAAGGCCUCAUCUCACGCAAAGAGGGCCGUUACCGUGAGCCUCCCCCGACUCCCCCCGGCUACACCGCUCUGACCAUCUCUGACCUUGCUGAAGGGCAGCACCCAGCGCCGCCUGUCCCCACGUCCACGGCCACCCACCCGGGCCGCCGGCCGCCAGACUACACCACGGCCCUGCAGCGCUCGCGCAUGGUCACCCAGUCGCCCGACUCCCACCAGGCCCACCAGGGGGCAAAACAGCGGGCGGGUGGCCUCCACCGCACUCGCUCUCCGGCCGAGGAGCAAGAGCCCGAGGAGGAAGAGGAGGGUGAGUCCUUGUCUUCCAAACUAGUCGCUCUGAGGAAGCCAGUGGCACACCAUACACCUGAGACUCCCAGACCAUGAGAGUGUGUGUACGGGGGUUAACAGGCAGGGCCCCUCUCCCCAAGGCAGAGGAUGAACAGGUGUCAGCGGUCUGAGGGACAGCAGCGGACGUCUUUUUGCAGUAACUUGAAGUGCCCCCUGGCUGGAGGCGGGCAGGAUCAAAGAGACAGACCAAUAGACUCAUCAUCAGUAACGUACGUGCCUGCCUCCUCCUCUCGGCGGACUCCUCUGCUCGUCUCCCUCCCCUGCCUUAAAGCAUCAUGGGGGGUUGAAUGACCCUGCAUGCAAAAAAUACUGUGAAGAAGAGAUGGAGAGAAGGUCAAAGACAAUAACAAAAUGCCUGGCACUUUGGAGAAAAAAAUAAAAUAAAAAAAGACUACGGAAACCUAAUCUAACUGGCACCAGAGGUGGUGUCGACCCGGCUACAAACACUCAAAACCACAUAGAUGUCGCUGUUAGAAACCGGCUCCUGAGACUGAUCCCCCCUCCCAUCCCACUCCCACACAGUGACAAUACCACACCUGUUAACACAACAGCAUCAUGACGUUGUUGAGCUCCAUCUGCACUUUCUCAGUUUCUAAACACAGAACAACUAAAAACAGACUCUUGUUAAAGACGGAGAGAAACAGUGGUUGACUUGACUCUUAAUUUUCAACUUCCCUCUAGAUUUUUCUUUUCUUUUUUUUGUUUUGUUUUGUUUUGUUUUUGUUUUUGUUUGACUGAUUGCACUCUGGGGGCCCAAAAGAGAAGUCAGCCCACCGUUUCUCUGCCUGGACUGAAACAACCCAUCUGUUGUCGAGUGUUUGAACUCCAGUAUUAUCUCAUGAUCCCGCGUGAAAGCUCGUCAGCUUGUUGGUUUGAAUCGAGGAGCUGUGGGGAGAGAACCAACAUGCACAGCGUACUGACAAGCCUACGCACAGUACAUGCGAAAUAACACAGUUCAAUUUCUAAAACUAGCACUUUCAGCACAAUCCUAGAUGUUACCAGACCUGGACACCAGGGUAUGAGUGAACCAUAUCGUACUGUCAUCCCACCUCAGAGCUUGUCUGGUCAUAUCUUUGACUGCAUCGAGCGCGUACUGUUUUGACCUGUAGGUGUAAUCAAAAAGCACAGAGGAGAUUGACCACCCACUGAAAAUCAUCUCCAUCAUAUUGGUCUCUGCGCUGCGUCAGAGGUACACGAGCUAGUUAAUCUGCGAGCAGCAAGACGCGCCUCUUUAUUUUGAUGCGAAGGGAUCAACAGACCAGCAGCGGUGGCAAACAUCAGCAGAUAUCAGACCAAUGUAUAAAUUCUAAGUGUACCUCUAUCUCUCUAGCUAUUUAUCUAUCUACCUUUACAAAAUAAUCUUGUACAGAGUCUUAUAAUACACCUAUUUCCCUUCAAAAUAAAAGCAUCCGCUAAUUGAGAUCCGGCUCUUUUUCUCCCAACGUGAACGUACAUGUGGUGAAUGUCCAAAGCGCCUUACGAUGCCAUGGUUGCAUACAUUUCUUUAUGUUCCCAGUGCGAAUCACCUUGUUUCAAGAGUAGUCUUGAAUCAAGCAAUAGUGGAGCGAAAUGCCUUAUUCAAGAUACUUCCCCUGACUUUUUUUAAAAGGAAAAAAAAAAAAAAACAUGUUAAGACUCAGUACAAGAUGAGUGUUUUCUUUCUUUCUUCGUGGCUCCAGACGGUGUCCUCCGGCUGUGGCCACUGUGUGGAACAGUAGAUCUUUUUGUCUACUCCCUCUGCUGUUAUGCUACUGGAUUCAUCCUCAGAAACUAUUCUUGCCUGUUACAGACAUCAGCUCAGUGGAUGCUGUAUGUAUAUCGCUAAUGCCUGCGUCCAGUUUUUCACCAUAUCUCUCCAUCGAUGGAAGUGACUGAAGUUUUUUUUUUCUUUUGUUUUUCUCGGACUCCGGUGGGGAAGUUGAAAUAUGAAGUUGUUUUUUUUUGUUGUUGUUGUUUGUUUUUAAGGCUGCCAAUCAGAAUGAUUAAAAAAAAAAAAACAAUAAUUAUAAUCAAUUGUGAACUUUUCAGUUUUCUUCAAUCACUGAGUCGUGCUGAUCACAUUGAUCAGUCUCAGAAACUUACAGACUGAGGAAGAAGAACGAGUGCAGUGUUUUCCACUGUGUUCUGUGACUACACACUAAUAAUUUCUCUCUUUUUUUUGUUAUUGUAAUUUUUUGUAAUGGCUGCAGAUAGAUUGUUAAUAAUUUGUUUGUAAUACAGUGGUGACAUGCAUCAUUCACUCUCAUUCAACUCUGAAGAUAAUGUGCAUAGUAGUGGGCCGAGUCCUAUUUCGAAAAACAAAAAGUUGCACAAAAAUGUACAAGCGUAAAGAUAAGUGUAGUAGGUAGAACUGCUACUCCGUUUGGUGUGUGAUGUCAGUAAGAAAUGUACAUUUAGCUGGUGAUGACCUUCUUUUCUUCAUUCUUUCUUGUACUACUUUGACCUGUAUGUCUUUUAAAAAGACAAUUGGUGGAGUAUGUAUCAGUUGUUUUUGUAUUUUUAAUACAAUAAUUGUAAAUAUUGGUUAUAUUUUUGUUCAAAUGUACUAUGUUUAUGCCUCAACAUCCAGUUUAUAUGAAGCUGGGAUUCAAUAAAUACUGCAUAAAGAAUCAACACCUAGGUUUAAACGCACUUAUUCAUUUCAAUGUCUUUGUUUUCCUGUAUUCUUUCUGACAUUUUUUUCCCCUCAAGAUGCCGUCUAGUGUUUGCACAAGUCAUGGAAGCAACUUGAAAAGUGUAACGCUCAUACUUUUCUAUCUGACCGCAGUGUGUCAGACUUAAUAAAAAAGCGAUAUUGAA